AUGGAGACGAAUCCGGAGCCCUCGGGGGAUGAGGGCUCUCUGAAAAACGCCAAGGAACGCUGUACCGCGCUGCAAGCUCAAGUGGACAAGGUAGAGAAGGACGCGAGAGGGCCGGUGAAGAGGGUCCCAAAAGUGAAGGUGGGAAGUUACAAAUGUGAUGCCUAUAAGUUGUCAGCAUAUAGCACCCACUGCGGCAACAAUUGUCGGGCUUUUUAUGCCCUAGACGGUUGGCGUCUAAACGUAACGGGAGAGCAACCGCCGAAGGACAAAGUCCAGAACAAGACACAGGAGAACCCGGACCCCUGGGCGUAUGAGAAAUUUCGAAACAGUGUGGAAGGGUACUGUGCCAAGGUGCGAGCAUAG